CCCGAAGUAAAGAGAAAAACCAAAAAAAGUCGCUUUUCUGUUUACUGGUUUAAGAAAGAACAACAAAUAAGAGGAAGAUACACGGAUUGGGUGGACUUGAAGAAUGAGCAGUCGACAGUGUUGUUUGAAAUAAGGUUUCAAACGGUUCAAACGGUCAGAAUUGACUCGCGUCGUUUUUUGUCGUAAAGCAGGAUGUAGUGACAAUUUUACGACUGUGUCGGGACGUCAUUAUUGUAACGUUAAGAGAUCUUCUGGUAAAUAAAGGAUUAGGUUUGCCUGGUACAUUUCAAAACGGCCUAUAAUUGCUCUCUUUUCUCUUCAUAUUCAUGGUUGUUACAUUUCUAUGAGAUACUUGCAUAACAUUAGCACGAUCUGGUAAACAGUUGGAGCAAAGAUGACAGCUGCAAGUCAGCUAGCUUCGUGUUGCUAACUAUAUCAUAUAGCUGUAUUUAGACAGUUCUGUUUAGCGUAACGUUGGCUAACUGUUAUAUACUGCAACUUAAAUAUAUCCACCGAGACGUGUCCGUAUGUAGGACAACCGCAUACAUUAGCUAGUUCAGUGUGUCGCCUUCGGUAUAAAAAAGUAGCUGCAUGUAAAAAUGUCAGCUCAAAAAGACUGCGAGUUUUUGGUGAAGAGAGCCCGGGAUCUGGUCUCUGAUGAUCCCUGUGCGGCCAAAGCCUGGCUCAUUACUGCCAGGACCCUGUACCCUGCAGAUUUCAACAUACAGUAUGAAAUGUACAUCAUCGAGCGCAAUGCAGAGAGGACAGCCUCUGCAGGGAGACUACUCUAUGACAUGUUUAUAAACUUCCCAGAUCAGCCCAUUGUUUGGAGAGAAAUCAGUGUCAUCACAGCUGCACUGCGCAGUGACUCCCAGGACAAACAUGCCCUGUUUCUACGAGGGCUUUUUGAGACGCUGCCUGGCCGUGUGCAGUGUGAGAUGCUACUGAAAGCCACAGAGCAGUGUUUCAACACUUUGGAGAAGGCAGAGAUGCUGCUCCUUCUUCUUAAGCGCUUUCCAGAGUCUGUGGUCCAGCACGGGGUCAGUUUAGGAGAAACCUUGUUAGAGGCGGAGGCAUCAGAGAAUGUGGAGACUCCCGUCAACUGCUUCAGGAAACUUUUUGUGUGUGAUGUCCUUCCUUUGAUUAUGAACAACAUGGACAUGCGGUUGCCAGCCAGCUUGAUGCAGAAGUACAUGCUAAAAGCAGCUGAAUUUUACAUCGGCUACGUGACCCGUGGACCCGCAGCUGAUGUACAGAUACAAGGCUCUCAAGAUGGUGGGUCUCUGAAGUCCCCCACUGUGUCCCGUGGCUCCCAGCGUUAUGUGAUAGACGGCCUGUCCGAAAAGUCGUCAGUGGUGGCAGAACCUUGGGAGAGGCUGUUGGAUAUUGUCGCUGUCGUUGGAGCACGCUGCGAGUGGCAGGGAGACAAGGGACAGAGGAGUUAUGUGGACAUGCUGCUGAGAGUGAAGGAGCUGUGUCGCUACCUGCCCAGUCUGGAAGGAGACACGAGGUCCCGGUGCUGCAGUCAAGUGGUGAUCUGUGCUGCUCUCGUCCUCUUCCGCAGCGCCUUCAUCUAUCUCUCCUCUGUUCAGCCUGCACUGUUCCAGGGUGUGAAUGCGCUGAGCUCGGGGCCGUGGAUCCUUGUAGAGGAUUUCAGCUCGGUGUAUAACGAUCUGGAGACAGAAAGAGGAGCAGGCAAACAUGCACAUAAGAAACGCAAAUUGGCAGAUGGGAGAGAGAAGACGAUGAGCUCAGAUGAUGAGGAGGGGUUGGGAAAAGGUCGCGGUCGACACAUUCUGGUAAACAAGACUGAGAUGCCCAGCUGGUCAGAGACUCUUGAGAGUUUCCGCACAGCGAGGGAGAGCUGGGACCUUCUCCACUCUCACGACGGCCUGGAAACUGAGUUCAAGAAGAUCUGUGCCUCUUGGAAAACAGACAGCUGGCUGUGGUUCAGAAUAUUCCUCACCGACACGAUCAUAUACCAGGGACAGUACCGUAAAGCCCUCUCCAGUCUGCACCAGAUGGCCGCAGUGCAGCAGCCUCAGCCGGGGCAGCAGAGCCCUUCAGGGCAGGGCAGUCUGGAGCACCACAGGGCUCUGAUUCAGCAGGCGUCCUGCCACUACGCACUGGGAGAGUACAGGCUGGCCUGUGAGAAGCUGCUUGAUGUCGUUUGCGGGCUGACGCCCCCGACCCAAGAACCCACAAAGAGCCCAGAGGACUGGAGUCGAGGCAAAACCAAAACAAGAAAAGGUAAUGACCUGAGAUUGCUUCCCUGCACCGGCAAGGCUGUGUUACCUUUCUGUUUCCAGCUGAUGUUUGCCUGCUUUAAGCUGCGUACCUUCACAGACAGUCGUGACGACCUGUCGCUCGGCCAUGUGGUGGUGCUCCUGCAGCACGACUGGCCACAGGGAGAGAUGCUGUUUUUAAAGGCAGUGGAUAAGAUCUGUCAGCAAGGCAGUUUCCAGUAUGAGAAUUUCUUCAACUACGUCACCAACAUUGACAUGCUGGAGGAGUUUGCUUACCUGCGUACUCCAGAAGGGGGGAGGAUCCAACUCGAGCUGCUGCCCAAUCAGGGAAUGCUGAUCAAGAACCCUAGUCCCGCCUUGGGGGUGGAGUUAAAUACCCUCCUGCUACAAGGGGUGCAGACGAUGGAAAGACACCACACAGUGACUCGUGGAAUCACCAAAGGAGUGAAGGAGGAUUUCCGUCUGGCUAUGGAGAGGCAGGUGUCGCGAUGUGGAGAAAACCUGUUCAGUGUGCUUCAUCGUUUCUGCAUCAAUGAGAAAAUCAUGAUCAUUCAGUCUCUUCCUUGAAACCUCGCCUGUGACUUUUCUCACCUUCUCAUACUUUUGAUCCCAGGACCAGUGUUAAUGCAGCUGGACUGAUUUUCUGUCCCUCUUGUCAUCAUCGUCCAUCACAGAACUGAAUAAGGUCUCCUUGCCUUAAAAAUGGAUCUCUCUUUUCAGAGAGUUGGAGAUAAUGCUGAUUUUCUGAAUUGACACCGCUCAUGCAGAUUUAGUAAGACUGUAGUUUUCUUUUCAACAUGUGCUCAACCACAUUCAAAAUGUAUUAAAUCCUAUUGUAACAUUUUUUGGGAGUUGAAAUUGACAAAAGAAUGAAGUUCAUUUUUGAUAUUCUUGUGUAAAGUUUAUUGUUUUUUUGUUACAUACUUGCAGUGUUAGUUUAUAUAAACGUUUUCAUUAAAUGUCCACUAAAGCA